AUGGCUAGCUUCAAGUCAUUAGUGUUAAAUAUUUUCUUUUUUUCGUUUAUACAAAUAAGCUGCGAGCGAAUUAAGGAUAACAGGUGCGAACAAUGGGAUUCGUGGUCUCAUUGCAAGGACGGAAUUAGCACCAGGAUAUGUUUAACGGACAAAUCCAUAACAGAUAAGACGACCUGCAAGAUGUGUGACAUUUGGGGGGAAUGGUCUGCCUGUAAAAAUGGAAAGAGACACAGAAAAAUAGUUAACUGCCCUUUCAUUAGGGAAGAUCAGGAUUGUGAUCCAAACAAUUCCAACGAAGAGAACGCAAGAAAUAAUACCACCAUUUAUUUUAACAAUGACGAUUAUGACGAUGAACAUGAGGACAGCUUCGAAGAGACCUUAGAGGAAGAAAGUAAUUUACCCGUCACGGGCGAUAGCAGCCAACCGGUUUUCCUUGAAGGGGACUUACACGGGGAAGGAAAACAGCAGGGCAUGGGAGAAAGUUUCGUGCACGUUGACCAGGCGGAUGCAAUUGCACAGGAGCACAACGAGGUGUUGACAGACGCGACCCCCUCUGAAGCGUCACCCCCCGCAGGUGAUGCGAAUCACCCCAACGAAGAUGAAGUGCAUGAACCACAUAAUAAUAGCGAUGAAGCCCAAACGAAUGAAGCACAUCCGAGCAGCCACAACCUCGCAGAUGACCAAAUUGACGCAGCCCCAAUAAGUAGACCAAAAAGAGCAAAGAAUUUCCGCGAUCAUAAGUUUGAGGAUUUUUCAAGCACCUCUGGAGAAGGCCAAAAUAAAAACCAUGCCGGGGAAAACACGCAUCAAAACAGCUUCAACGAACAGCAAGAAAAUCAUCAUGAUGAACAUAGCAAAAAUGAGUGGAAAAAAAAACACAAUGCAGGAGCGGGAAGUGGAGGUGCACCAAAGUUUAAUCAAACAUACAUCGCCAGUGGAAUGGGUCUUCUCUUUCUCCUAAGUGGAAGUGCCGCUAGCUAUGCCUUGUACAAUGGCAAGUACAAGCAACUCACUGAAGACGGAAAGAGUGAAAACUUCGAAGUCAUAUUUAAUGAAGAUAUGAAGGCUAGGGAUAACAGCAAGUCCAUGUACGAGGAUGAGUUCUGGGCCCUCGGUUGA